GUAGGCUGGCAGUUUGAGUCUCACUUCUCUUCUCAGGCUUUCUCAGGAACAACCGUGUUGUUAGUGGUGUCCUUCAUUCGUGUUUUAAAGUUCAGACGAGCAGGAAUAUUGGCUUCCUGUAUAUUUAAAGUUCGCGUAUUUUGGUACAAUAAAUGUGAAAAGUUUUUAUUUUGUGAGAUCGAUAAAGAUCAAAAGGGAAUAGUGAGUUUAAAGUAAAUUUCGACGCAUCGAAAAUUAAACCUAUGUUAGAAGGUUUGAAAAUUUAAGAAAUUCAUCGACAAAUUGACGAUUUUAACUUUUGUAUUUCAAACGUAAAAUUUGAAACAAGUAAAAUGAUUGUGGAUUACGAUGAGGACUCCCUGUCAGACGGUGAGCUGUCAGAUUUAUCUCCUUGCAAGGCGGAGAGCAAAACAACAAUAAGCGAUAGUUUACUACCGUUAUCGGCUUCAGUGUUCAGUAUCAGACAGAAAACAAAAGAACUGUGUGCUAACGAAGCUAAGGAAAAGCAUUCUCAACCACAGGAGAAAACAUACAUCCAAUGGAAUGAUAUUGUUGAAGAGGAAAAACGAGAGCUACUAACCUCGAAAUCGGAAGACUCAAUUAAGAAUUCAAUGUCUAGCAUGGACCUAGCAGUUACUGAUAGUAAGAUGUCUAUAGAGGAUAGCUGCAGUAAUAGCAGCAGCAGUCGAUCUGGGAGACAAAUUGAAAUAGAUAUAUUAGAUUCUGCCAAUGUGGAGAAAUACGAAAAGCUGAUUCGGACCGAUAAGAUCAAGUCUCCGUUUAAACGUCGUCUAUCAGGUGGUGAAGAAGAUGACGAUGACGACGGUCACGUAAAAUUCAGUGAGGAAAACGUCAACUGUGAUGAUGCUUCGAGCAAAAAUCAACAUAAAAAGACUAAAAAACACGAGGAAGAUCACGGUAGAGAACGUUUUCGAAAGGACAGUUCUAGCUCGGGUGAUGGCAGCAGCAGCAGCCAGAGCAGUCGUAAGCCGGUGGAAUAUGAAAAGGAUAUGGCCAUUCUAGUUCGGCGUCAGAAGCAGAUUGAUUAUGGUAAAAAUACGCUGGGCUACGAGAACUAUAUGAAGCAGGUACCGAGAGAACAGCGCACAAAAGAUCAUCCGAAAACACCUCCAAAGCAUUUGAAGUACAGUCGUCGUGCCUGGGAUGGACUGAUUAAAGUGUGGCGGAAGAAAUUGCAUUGCUUCGACCCCAACGCUAUGCCAGAAGCCGAUAACUAAGUCCUCAUACUUUCGUUAAAAGUAGUUUUUUGUGUUUAACUAAAAGAUUUGAAUUGUAACAUUCAUUUCUUCGAGCGACUUUGCAAUUAUUCGUUUGCUGAGCAGGAAAAACUAAUUUGUUGUGAUCAGUCGUCUCUAUGCAAGUCAUUGGUAGACCAGAAUUUCACAUGUUAAUUCGGUUUUCAACCCUGCGUUUAUGUACACUAUUGCUGGAAACGCUUAACCAGUUUUGCAGUGUUAAAGUCUUGUAUUGUUUCGUGAAGAAGUAGAAACUGAAUAUUUACACUUAUAAAACUUAUUGUUUAUUCUCAAUGAAUUCUAAGAGAGAAAUUA